AUGUUAAUUAAUGCAACCCUGGCCCAAUUUGCUCCUUUGGUAAUUGAGACGUUAGCCAUGUUCGUGGAUACAAAUUACUGGUCAACAGUUUUAAGUUUUCUGGCACAACAAUACUUUACGGACUCGCAUGCCACUUGCAUUUUAUGGCACUCCUCGUUUGAUAUUCUACUAGAGACGAGCUCACCGUUGGCCGUGCUCAUUCUGGACCCACUCAACUGGUCCAGUUUCGAGGCCGAGGAGAAUGACGUCUAUGAUCUGAAGCGUGAAGAGUUUGUGGAGCGUGGCCUAGCUUACAAUGAUUGGAUACUCCAUCUGACCAUUGCCAUUGAGAAGGUGCAUUGCGAGAGUUUCAUAGUAUUUCAAGAGCAAAUACCAAAGUUUACACGUUAUUUCUACAAUGCCAGCACUUAUUCAAUUUGGCGAUCAUUGGAGAACCGAUUUAUUUUUGUGUACACCGAUGAGCUGCUAGUACAGUCUAUUGGUUCAUCUUAUUUUGAAGGUUAUCUGAUUUAUGAUCAACCAAACAUUUUGUUGGUCAACGCUCAAUAUCUAAAUGCGAGCAUUUUUGAGAUUAAAACCAAUCGAUUUGUUGGAAGGCGAUAUGAUGGAUCGGGAACAGUACCGGCAAUAUUUGAUAGGAUGCAGCUUUACGAUGCCCACGUGAAGAAAGUAAUAUGGGAUAGUGGUUUGGAUAUGUUUAGUAAAUUGUAUGAUCUAAAAGGCCGUGAAAUCGUUUUCGGUGUAUUCAAUUACAAACCAUAUAUGCUAUUAGAUUAUUUAAAAAAACCCGCAGCUUUCGACCGUUUUUUAAAUAAAUCUGAGGCGGCUGUUGAUGGUACCGAAGUUCGGGUUUUACGAACAUUCUGCGAACUGUACAAUUGUACGGUGCAAAUAGAUACAAGUGAAAAUUCGGAUUGGGGUGAUGUCUUUGCAAAUGUUACAGGCGUUGGACUGAUGGGGAUGUUGUUGAACAGAACCGUUGAAUAUGGCAUUGGCGGAUUUUUUAUGUUAUAUGGAGGCUAUCAGAACAUGGAAAUGACAACUUUUCUGGGACGUUCCGGUAUCACCUGUCUAGUGCCUGCACCGCAGCGAAUGAUUAACUGGAUCCUACCACUACGUCCCUUCCAAGGCACCCUCUGGCUAUGCAUAAUAUUUUGUUUAGUUAUCGAAUGCAUUUCGCUGGCCGUCACACGUUUCAAGGAGCGAUUGUCGGAUGGAAUUGGUGCCCCACAGCACAAUAGCUGGCAGCAGAGUCUGUACUUUGGUGUUGUUAGCACAUUGAAGCUAUUCGUUAACCAGAGCACCAGUUAUGUGGCAACAUCGUAUGCUCUACGCACCAUUCUGCUGGCUAGCUACAUAUUGGACAUAAUUCUGACUACCGUUUAUGGCGGAGGAUUGGCGGCCAUAUUGACGCUACCUAAACUUGAGGAGGUCGCCGAUUCGCGACAGCGUCUCUACGAACAUAAGCUCAUCUGGACGGGAACAUCUAUCGCCUGGGUAUUAGCAUUGGAUAUGGACAAUACGGAUCCCGUCUUACAAGGCCUCUUGGAGCAUUAUCAAAUAAAUGAUGGUGCAGCCAUUGCCAAAAAAUCACGCAGUGAACAAAUGGGAUUUGUCUUGGAGCGAUUGCAAUUUGGACACUUGGCCAACGCUGAUCUGAUACCGGACGAUGCCUUGCACAGACUUAAGCUAAUGGUGGACGAUAUAUACUACAGCUAUAGUGCAGCUUACGUGCCUCGCUUAUGGCCAUAUUUGAAAGUGCACAAUGAUUUCAUACUGAUGUGGCACUCGUCGGGCCUGGACAAGUACUGGGAGUGGAAGAUUUCUGGCGAGUAUAUGAGUCCGCACAGACAUAAUCGCAUUGCGUCCUCGCAAAGGCCCAAUCUUUAUAUUGGACCCGUUCCCUUGGGGAUCGAUAAUUUUAUUGGCCUAAUCAUGCUGUGGUGCUUUGGUAUGGGAUGCAGCCUGCUGGCUUUUGUGGGCGAAUUGUGGUACUUUUCGAUGAAAUAGUUUGGA